AACUUUUUUAACGGGUUGAUGUAGAUUUGAUUUCUUAAGCGCAGGAUAAUGAUACAAAACACGUUUAAAAUCACCACGGUUCAAUUUUUCUUUCUUCUCACCAUUCUCUAUUCAACUCUGGGAAAAUUAGAUGAAAUAUUUCUGAGGCGGACUUCAACACGAACAGACUUAAUAGAGCUUUCGAUGGCAAUAUGGUCCGGACAUUUCCCCCUUCGUAGUUACUGUGCCUCCAAGUGUACCCAGGAACCGGACUGUGUGUCCUUAUUGUACAACAUGGCUAAUGGAUCAUGUGACCUCUUCAACGUGAUUUACGACAGUGACAACGGAGGUGACAUCGACUAUUACUGGGUACUGGAGGACAGGGGUACUCGAUGGGUUCCGGAGUCGUGUUUCACCGUCUCAAAUUGUUCUGGUAUUACAACAGACGGCGAAUACUGGGUCUAUCCAACUGUAACAAAUCGAAAGAGAACGAAAAUAUACUGUCACAACCUACCGACUGAACCUUCACAUUUCAUCUCUUUACCGAAAGCAUGUGUCUUUACGCAUCAUGACAGAACCAACUGGAUAAUAUGGAUGAGAGAAUGCCAAUCAUCUAUUAUACCUCCGUUGAAACAGACGGAAUUCUUAAAAGUGAAAAUACAGAUAGAGAACAUGAUUGUAAAUGAAACCGAUUAUACGUUCACCUCCACAGGGUCAAGCCAGAGAAAAUUUGGGAAAAUCAAAGACUGUAACGGGCGACAUUUCAUCAACCCUUGUCCUCACUUUUCAAAAGCAACCAUCGAUACUUCAGGAACCGGACUCAUAAUUGAUCCUAAAAUAGAAUUCGGCAGACUUCCUGGUUCUACUCACACGGCUGUACAGGAUUUUGAACGUUCUGCUCUAGGAGAUCAGAUAUCAUUCACCUGUGCUGGAUGGUGUGGGUCUUGUGGACCGAUCUCUGGACCAAUCCGAUUCCAGCAUUCCACGGAAUUCAUUUCAGCUGCGGACGCCGAAGCCAUUAUUUGCCACAAGUAAACCAAUGGUUUUCACACCCGCCAAGUAAGGAGAAGCAAGCGUUUACAACUGAUAAUAUGAAUGCCAGCCAAUAAAUAUGUACACUUUUCCUUUUUCAGUCUUAAAUGAUGAGCACGUUAGAAUUCAAUUACGCCGCUUUCAUUCGUUACUGGUAUCUUCCCCUAUCAUUCUCUUCUUUGUCAGAAGCCAUGCUGUCUUUGUCUAACUUUUUACAG